CAAGCAAGCGUUGUCAAAAACGUUUUGAUGUUUUGGAAAAACUAAAUUAAAAUACACCGAAAUUCAUUAAAAAUAAAAAUAAUUUAUUAAUACACAAAACGAACAUGCCGCCAAUAGAAGUAGAUGUGACGGUCGAUAAUAACCAACAGUCCAAGCCAAUGUCUGGACCCAUAAUUGGCAUUAUCUAUCCUCCGCCGGAGGUUAGAAAUAUUGUCGAUAAAACUGCUAGUUUCGUAGCACGUAAUGGUCCAGAGUUUGAGGCACGUAUUCGUCAGAACGAAUUGGGCAAUCCGAAAUUUAAUUUCUUAAGUUCCGGUGAUCCAUACCAUGCAUACUACAGACAUAAAGUUAAUGAAUUUAGGGAAGGAAAAGAUGCUAGUGCUCCUAGUGUAGUUAGUGGUAUUAAACAGUUAUCUGUGACCAGCGCUGCUCAACAAAAACAGCAAGAGCUUUUAAAACAAGUGGCCGAGCAACAAUUUGUACCAAAAGAUCCUCCGCCAGAAUUUGAAUUUAUUGCGGAUCCACCAUCAAUUUCGGCUCUCGAUUUGGAUAUUGUUAAGUUAACAGCUCAAUUUGUGGCACGUAAUGGACGUCAAUUCUUAACAAAUUUAAUGAAUCGUGAGCAGCGCAAUUUUCAGUUUGAUUUUCUGCGCCCUCAACAUUCGCUUUUCCAGUACUUUACUAAACUUUUGGAACAGUAUACAAAAAUUUUAAUUCCUCCAAAGGAUUUACUUGGCAAGCUAAGGGCUGAAAGUAAUUCAGGACGAUCGAGUAUGAAUCUUGUACUCGAUCAAGUUAAAUAUCGGGCAAAUUGGCAAAAACAUCAGGAAGCACAACGUCGUCGUGAGGAGGAAAAAAUUGAAAAAGAAAGAGUCGCCUAUGCUCAAAUUGAUUGGCACGAUUUUGUGGUAGUAGAAACUGUCGAUUAUCAGCCAUUCGAAACGGGCAACUUUCCACCACCAACUACUCCCGAGGAAGUGGGCGCUCGUGUUUUAAUGGAGGAGCGAUUGCAAGAAGAUGAUGGCGACAUUGAAAUGCAAAUCGAAUCGGAUGAUGAAGACAGCCAGGAUGCUCCCAGUACAGGUGGUGCUGUCAAAUUGUCACAAAUGGAGAAUCGCAUUGGUAUUCACAUGAAAGAUGUUUCAUAUCAAAAUCAAUCAUCUAAAAAGGAUAACAUUCAAGUUCAAGAUAUGGAUGAAGCUUCGAGUGAUGAAGAAUCACCCGCCGCUAAUAAAAUGCAACCACCAGUUGCUCCACUAUUACCGCCCACACACGAUAAGGUUGUAGUUAAGAAAUACGAUCCUAAAGCUGCUCAAGUUAAACCACCUAAACCUGCGCCAACGGAUGAAUUCCUUAUUUCGCCAAUUACAGGUGAAAAGAUUCCGGCCUCCAAAGUGGCUGAACAUAUGCGCAUUGGUCUCUUGGAUCCACGUUGGGUGGAACAACGCGACAAGCAUACCGUGGAGAAAAUCAAUCAGGAAAAUGUAUAUGCCGCUGGUACAGCUAUUGAGGCAAGUUUAAAACAAUUGGCCGAACGUCGUACAGAUAUCUUUGGUGUUGGUGAUGAGGAAACAGUGAUUGGUAAGAAAUUGGGCGAAGAGGAAACCAAGAAGGAUGACCGUGUCACUUGGGAUGGCCAUACAUCUAGUGUUGAAGCCGCAACACGAGCAGCUCGUGCCAAUAUUACUUUGGAAGAUCAAAUUCACCAAAUUCAUAAGGUAAAAGGACUUCUGCCCGAUGAAGAAAAGGAAAAAAUAGGUCCUAAACCCGUUGGAGGUAAACCAAAUAGUGGAGGUAAUCAACAUCAUAGCAAUAUUUCCAAGUCAGUGCAUAAUCAACAGCAGCCACACCAGCAGGUUCAACAUCAUCACCAUCAUCAACAACAGCACCAUCCACAAUCGCAACCACAGCAACACGCAUUGCCCCCCCAACCUCCUGUCAUGAUGAUGCAAAUGAGACCUCCCCCUAUUAUGCCACCGCCAUUUUCUGUACCAGGUUAUAUGGCCCCCUUGGCAGCAGCUGGAGGCGGUCCUCCGCAAAUAUCGCCAGCUCCACCAGUACUUGAUCAAAACAUUAUUCCAGUACCACAAUCAAUUCCGGUCGAUGAUGAACCACCCAAUAAAAAGUUGCGAUCUGAAGAUAACUUAGUACCCGAAUCAGAAUUUAUUGCAAUGCACAAGAGUCCCAUAACUAUACAGGUGCAAAUUCCAAAUGUUCUGGAUAAAUCUGAAUGGAAAUUAAAUGGUCAGACAAUAGCAGUUUCUCUAGCUUUAACCGAUCCUGUUUCAUUACUAAAAAGUAAAAUACAAGAGGAAACUGGUAUGCCACCAGCUAAACAAAAAAUUUCGUAUGAGGGCAUGUUCUUCAAAGACAGCAAUACAAUGGCUUUUUACAAUUUGCUUAGUGGUGCUACUGUUCACUUGCAAAUUAAAGAACGUGGUGGACGUAAAAAAUAAAUUCAAUUGCUAUUUGGCAAGAAAAUAACAAAAAAGUUAAUAUUAUAUUCGUCAACAUAUUGUUAAAAUGAAAUAUAAAGUGUUUUUGUAGUUU